UGAUACCUUCUCCGAGAUGGAGGAAAGCAGGGAGAAAGAACAACUGUGGGGCACUCUACCCUUCUGAUUCCUUAUUUGUUCUUCUCUGUAACUCAGUGGGUCAUCAUGGGGACAGCCAAGAACAACCACACUGUACUGAAACUUCCCCUCCUUGACAAACCCAAGACACAGAAAAACUAUGCCCAACCUGAAGUUCUGUGUCACACCUUUGAGACCCUGUCUAACCUUCACAAACUGCUGCCAAAUCAUAUGAUGGAGACACUCUACUUCUACAAGAGGGAAGAGGACAAACAAAAUUGUCGGAAUUCUGAAUUCUCUGGCUUAGAAAGGAUCUUAGCAAGACAUCAGUUUCCAAAAGAGAUUAAUCUGACUCCCAAUCCAAGUAGCAUGCCCCUGUGGAGAAGAAAAUGCAUCAACAAUGCAAAUCGUGGGUGGAAGAAAUGUCAAUUGUGGAAUAAAAGCCUUGAGGAACCUCCGAUGUCAACCAUAGUUGUCAGAUGGUUGAAAAAGAACAUGCAACCCGCCGAAGACCUCCAGUCAGUAAUCCAGAGGCUGUCAGUGUUUGGGCCAAUUAAGUCAGUCACCUUCUGUGGACGACAAAGUGCUAUCGUGGUGUUCGAAGACCUGACUUCAGCUUGUAAUGCUGUGAAUGCUUUUCAAAGCAGGACAACAGGCACAAUGUUUCAGUGUUCCUGGCAACAGCGUUUCAUGUCAAAAGAUGUAAGACUCGCUAUGACCAAAAACCUCUGUAGAUUCUUGUUUUACAUGUCAUUUGUUUUUCACCAGGGCUUUAGUGAAGUAGGAUAAUCGUAAGUGAUAUUUCAGCACGGUUUAUUCAGUUCAAGUAUUGGAAAUCACAAAUGAUAGCACAUCCCUUCCUUUGAAAUGUUUAACAUUUCUGUGAUAGGCAUCACAGUUUGGCUUUUUGGGUUAAGAAGUUCAUGACUGCAUUUGUGCAUUCAUCUGACAGCCAUCUUUCCUGGAGGACUCUGCUUUCUUCGGCAUUAAUAGCAUGUAGCUUUUCUUUCUCCCUAUUCCUGAUGACCUGUUUUGAAAUUCUCA